AAAGGUUUGAACUUCACAACUCAACACAUCACAGAUAGAACACGCUAGACACAACACUGAGGAGGGGACUGAAUUCUGCAAUCUGAACCCCUGACACUUUACUCCAGCACAUAGGCCAAUGUCAGAGGCAUCGAGGGGGCACCGGGUGAUCAGAUAGCUAUCUUCUGAAACGUCGGCAUGCUCUCAUAGAUGACAGCUUUCCCAGGUCCAUUGUACAUAAUUACUUGCCACUGCUUCACAGACCUCUCGACUUGUCAUCAUACAAACUACGUGAAUAGAAAUCUGAGUUCGGAGCGUAUCUAUUUUUUUUUCUUUUUCUUUUCUUUUUUUUUAUUUUUUUUUAGGUUGUAGCCUAUACCAGCCAGUUUGCGAGGCGGUCUGCCGGCCGGAGCCGAGCCCUCUGUUCCGCCGCGCAGCGCUGUCAUGCUACCUAAAGUCGAGACAGAAGCCCUGGGACUCGGUCGAUCGCAUGGGGAACAUUGUCACAUGCCAGAUAACAUGCAAGCCCCUCAAUAUAAAAUGAUGGACUAUUCCUACAAUGAAGACCUGGAGGAGCUCUGUCCCGUUUGUGGAGAUAAGGUGUCUGGCUAUCACUAUGGGCUUCUUACUUGUGAAAGUUGCAAGGGUUUCUUCAAACGCACAGUUCAGAAUAAUAAAAGGUACACAUGUAUUGAAAACCAGAGCUGUGAGAUUGAUAAAACACAAAGGAAACGUUGUCCAUACUGUCGCUUUCAGAAAUGUCUAACUGUUGGAAUGAAGCUGGAAGCGGUGCGGGCUGAUCGCAUGCGAGGAGGUCGAAACAAGUUUGGUCCAAUGUACAAGAGAGACAGGGCGCUGAAGCAGCAGAAGAAAGCCCUAAUCAGAGCAAAUGGACUUAAAAUCGAAGGCAUGUCUCAUGUGAUACAGACUGUGCCAACAGACCUGACGAUAUCUUCAGCUAUCCAGAACAUUCAUUCUGCCUCCAAGGGCCUGCCUCUAAGCCACACUGCCUUGCCCCCAACAGACUAUGAUCGAAGCCCCUUUGUGACAUCUCCAAUUAGCAUGGCAAUGCCACCACAUGCAAGUCUCCAAAGUUACCAGGCUUACAAUCACUUUCAGAGUCGCACCAUCAAAUCUGAGUACCCAGACCCUUACACUAGCUCUCCUGAGUCUCUCAUGGGCUACUCUUACAUGGACACGUUCCAGACUACCUCCCCACCUACUUUCCCACAUCUCAUAGUGGAACUUUUGAAAUGCGAGCCAGAUGAGCCCCAAGUCCAGGCUAAGAUCCUGGCUUACCUGCAGCAUGAACAGGCCAGCAGGGGCAAGCACGAGAAGCUCAACACCUUUGGCCUUAUGUGUAAAAUGGCUGACCAGACCUUGUUUUCCAUUGUUGAAUGGGCCAGGAGCAGCAUCUUCUUCAGAGAGCUCAAGGUUGAUGACCAAAUGAAGCUUCUGCAGAACUGCUGGAGUGAACUGUUAAUUUUAGAUCACAUUUUCAGACAAGUGGUACAUGGGAAGGAAGGUUCAAUCCUUUUGGUUACCGGGCAACAGGUGGAUUACUCAGUGAUUGCAUCCCAGGCGGGUGGUACUCUGAAUAAUCUCUUGAGCCAUGCACAGGAGCUUGUUGCCAAGCUGCGAUCCCUCCAGCUCGACCAGCGAGAGUUUGUGUGCCUCAAGUUCCUUGUGCUCUUCAGCCUAGACGUGAAGAAUCUGGAGAGCUUCCAUCUGGUGGAGAGUGUUCAGGAGCAAGUCAACACAGCUCUACUGGACUAUAUCAUGUGCAACUACCCUCAACAAACAGACAAGUUCGGGCAGCUUCUGCUUCGGUUGCCAGAGAUCCGUGCAAUCAGCAUGCAGGCUGAGGAGUACCUCUACUACAAGCACCUGAAUGGAGACGUGCCCUGCAACAACCUGCUGAUAGAGAUGCUGCAUGCAAAACGAGCCUGAGCUUCACCUCCAUCACCCAACAUGGUUUCCAACCCUUCCUCCCAACCCAGUCAAGUCCUCUGAGGUACCCCCUCAGCAACUGUGAUGCAUCAAGCAAACUUCUGUCUGCUUUUUAGGUUGUUUUUUUUUGCAGGUGCUAGAGACACAGAAUUUCUGGGACCCUUAAUAUGCAGAUAUAAGGGUGCCACCAAUUUUAUGAUAGCAGUGUGAUUCAUCGCUGCUCAUCCUCGGUAAAGAGACUCAAGUCUUAAUGAUACAAUGGACACAUCAUUCUGAUCAAAGUGAGUUUGAACAUACAGUAGAACUUUGAAAGAACUGAAGAAGCAAACAAACCGACGAGGGAAUUGUGCACUUACGCCUAAGCAUAGCCGAGCUUUCUGUAGCGGAGGAAAUGCCUGUUAUGUUUAUAAAAAGGCAUGCAGGACUCUGGUGGUCAGACCUUUUUCUAAAUGACACAACUGAUUAGUGAUUAUUGUCAUUAGUACCUGAUAAAGGAUCUGAAGGUGGGCUCCAUUGUUUCAUUGUCUCCAUACAGACCACCAGAGCUCGACAUAGGAGGCCCUUCAGAAACUGCAAGGACAGACUGAUAUACACUUUGAACCCUUUGUAGACAUUUGUUUGCAGCCAAAAAAAUACAAAUGUUUCGUGUUACUUUAAACGGGCAGUGUUCCCUUUUCUGGCUCAAUGUGGGCCACAUUUUACAAGCAUAUGAGAUACAUUUAUCUUUCAAUAGUCUCCAUAACAAAACAAAGACAGCCAAGGAGGCUGUUACUGUUCUGUUUUUAGGUGCAAACAUUAUGGUUACUCCAGAACAGAAUCAUAUGCUAUUGGUAAUUGGUAUUGAAAGGAGUGAGACCAAUUCAGAAGUGAUUUUGGUAACAAGGUCUCAUGAAUAUUUGACAACAGCUACACAACACCUCAAGAUAAAACUAGGUAGCCAUGGACAUCACAUGACCACAAAUAGGACUACUGCCCCUGUCAGUACUAGACCAAAGCCUGCUGCAGAACAAAGUGUGAUGACAAAAAAACAAAAAGAAAACUUAAAUAUCAGUAUUAUAUAAAUUUGUGAUGUCACAGUUUGGUGAGUCUUGCCUUACUUCAUUACCGUGCUAGCUAACCGUGCAGAUGUGAAUUGAAAUAUGUUAAAAGAAUAUAAAGUAUUAAUGUUGUAAAAUUCAGAAGAUGCAAAAGGUGUUUACACAUGUUAGGUCUUGUGGAAGAGAACUGUGAUGAUGCAAAUUGCAAAGCAAUGAUUUUCUUAAUUAUUUUUUUUAUGGGUAGCUUUUUGAUUGGUAAUUUUUUUUUUUUUCACCAACAAUUAUGUCGUGAGACACUAAAAUCAAAAAAAGGAAUCUCACUUAAAACGAAUUAGAUUUUUUGGCCUCAUGAUCACAUGUUGAGAUUGUACACAUUUUAUUCUUCAGUAUCAACUAUUCAUGUUUGUAGGACUGUUGGCUUUGUUAUUUUAAUAGUUUAAAGUUAUAUUGUAUAUCACAGUUUCGACUCUUAGACAAUUAUGAUACUAAUUUAUUGCUUAUCUGUUUCAUCCUUGUGUAUGAUAGAGCGAGGAAUAUCAAAGCCAAAUAUGUUUGUUUGCUGUGGCAUGUUUUGAAGAUAGUGGCUAAACGCAGUUCAGGGACAUAGCAAUGGUCUUAAAAAAAUUAUAAUUUGAUUAAAUGCCUAUGAAUCUUACAACUGUAAAUUUGAAACAUUACCAUAUUUAAAUCUAUUGUAAAUGAUGUGACUUACUGUUGCAUCUCUUUUCUACACACAAUUUAAAAAAAGCUUCAUUCUUACCCUUCAGACUUGUCCUGUGCAUUAUAUAUUCUAUACCAAAGACUGUAGAUUCUAUUUUCUCAAGUUCCAUGAUGCCUCAACAGAACAGAUCACAAAAGUGAGGUGUUUCAAAUUGACAUGGCGACAUGGCCCUUCAGCCAGUUAAGCCUGGUGUCAGCACUCCAGAUUUCCAAUGUUAGGAAUACUGGCAGUGUCUUACAGAACUUUGGGAAAGCAGUGCUGUUCACAAAUCCAUCCGCAAUUACUUACUUGCAGAGACCUUAACCAAAACUCAACCAGCUCAGCUUUAUCUUUUGGCAGAGAUGUCCUGGUUAAAUUGUCCAUGGAAUAGAGUAAUACGGUAACCAAAAUUAAAGAAUUUUUCCUGUUUCCUUUUUUUUUUUUUUUUUACAAUUCCCAGUACUGUCAAACAAACUUAAUAAGGGGAAUGGAACAUGCACCAAUAUUUGUACAUAGUAUAAAUGUUCUUGAUAGAAGGGAGAGUAUGCCAAUUUUAAGGUAAUGUACAGAAGCCACUAAAAACAAAAAAACAGGUCAUAUAGAGUGACAGCUUUAUUAUCAGUCUGUUCAAUUUGUUAACAGACUCUUGUCUUCGUUUCCAGCGGCAACAUCCCUAAAAUAAGUAAUACUUACAUGCACCACUUUAGUGUGCUUUAUUGUCAAUAGAUUCUUCUUCACAUCAGUGCAUUACAGAAAGAACAAGCCCAGUUACUGUACAUUUAAGAUGUUACGAUUCCUUUUGGAAAGCAAACACCAAAUUAUGUUUGGCUUUAGCUGAUUUCUUAUUGUGACUAUCAUUUUGUAUUUCUAUUUUCACGUGUGAACAAGACAAUCAAUUGUCCACAUGUUCUGAGUUACAAGUGUUCUGCACCUGCCUUGGAUUUCAAACGACUCCUCUCCUCUUCAGUGUGUAGAUACUUAGCUCAGUGAUCUGACUGUACUUGCUGGAAUGACACAUUGUCAUGUCAUUUCUUACCAAGAGUUUCUUUACACUGAUGGAUUUUCCCCCCAUAUUUCAAUAAAUAAAUAUAUGCCCAGUG